UAUGCUAGUCUUCUUCACCAACCAAAGAAAAAUCGAUUCUUCAUCAUCACCAACUCCACUCAACUCAUAGCUUUACAAGAGUCACAUAGAGAAGCGAGACAGAGAGAGAGAGAGAGUUGUGAGAGAAAUCCAUGGCGGAAGCUUGCAGAGUGAAGAGAAUGAAGCUUGGAAGUCAAGGCCUUGAGGUAUCCGCGCAAGGUCUUGGUUGCAUGGGUCUCUCCGCUCGCUACGGUUCUUCCGUACCGGAAAAUGACGACAUCGCUUUCCUCCACCAUGCAAUUAACUCCGGCGUUACUUUUCUUGACACCUCCGACAUGUACGGUCCUCACACAAACGAGUUGCUCAUCGGCAAGGCUCUCAAGAACGGGAUGAGGGAGAAAGUGGAACUUGCGUCCAAAUUCGGAAUCAUUUAUACAGAGGGAAAGAUGGAGAUAAAAGGAGAUCCUGCGUAUGUUAGAGCAUCUUGUGAGGCUAGUUUAAAGCGUCUAGAUGUGGAAUGCAUUGAUCUUUAUUACCAGCAUCGGAUCGAUACUAGUGUCCCUAUCGAAAUCACUAUGGGAGAACUCAAGAAGCUAGUUGAAGAGGGUAAAAUAAAGUACAUCGGUUUGUCUGAAGCCUCUGCCUCAACUAUCAGAAGAGCGCAUGCUGUUCACCCAAUAACUGCUGUGCAGCUAGAGUGGUCCUUGUGGACGAGAGACGUUGAAGAAGAAAUCGUCCCGACCUGCAGGGAACUUGGGAUCGGGAUUGUUGCUUACAGUCCUCUAGGAAAAGGUUUCUUUGCAUCUGGACCAAAACUUGUUGAGACGCUAGACAAAGAUGACUUCAGAAAGAGACUACCAAGAUUCCAACAGGAAAACUUAGACCACAACAAGAUUCUGUACGAGAAGGUUUGUGUAAUGUCUGAGAAGAAAGGAUGCACUCCCGCACAGCUAGCACUCGCAUGGGUUCAUCACCAGGGAGAUGAUGUUUGCCCCAUCCCAGGAACCACCAGGAUCGAAAACUUUAACCAGAACAUUGGAGCUUUAUCAGUGAAACUCACUCCAGAAGAUAUGGCUGAGCUCGAGGCCAUUAGCCAACCAGAGUCUGUGAAGGGAGAAAGAUACAUGGCCAUGGUGCCCACCUUCAAGAACUCUGACACUCCACCAUUGUCUUCAUGGAAAACCGCAUAAAAUCAGACUGAGAGUUUCUCUGGUUAUGGUAGUACUUACAUGGCAUUGAUGUGGUUUAGCUUAUGUCAGCCUAAUACAAAGUAAUAAUAAUAUGUUGAAGUUGUUGUGUUGCAUCUUCGAGAGUUGCACUUUUGCAUAGGGGCUUCAACAAUCUCUCAGGGUUUAUGCCUUACAAGAUUAAAGUAAACUUUGAUUCGAGAGUUCACCAAGCUA